AUGGACUGGAAACUGCAGAUCCAGCAGCUCGCGAGCCGACUAGUCAAGUGGGUGACCAACACCCAGCCCGUGAUUCCCAAAAACGUUACCCAAAGAACGAUAGAUACCCAAACCGAUACCAACACGUCCACCACUACCAAUGCUUCUGAGACCAACAUACCAAAUGCUCCCGAGGCGGCCGAGGACGAAACCGAGUCCAGACCCCAGUCGUAUGGUUCUGUGUCAACCCAAGACUCGUAUCCAGUGAUUCCGCUCGUGCGACACUCGACUACAAGAGAACAUGUUGUUUCACGAGUGGUUUUGGUCGGCGCAGAGGAGUUGUUUGAUGAGGGGGUUGAGAGAGUUGUGUGA